ACCCUACUCUCUCCACAGCCGAGCCGUGCCCAGAAGAGGAGACAGUGCUGCACUGCCAGAAUCCCGACUGCGCCGGAGAGAGAAGGGCGGCCAAGGAAUGCCACCACGCAGAGUGCCGGCAGCUGAGCCGCAGCGGCCCCCUCAGCCUGUGUGAGCUCUGCGACGGCCGCCUCCAUGGCGCCAUGCACUUCGAUGGCCACAUCCGCUUCGACCUGCCCCCGCAAGGCUCCAUUCUGGCCCGCAACAUGUCGACACGUUCGUGCCCCCCGCGCACCAGCCCUGCCUCUGAUGUGGAGGAGGAGGAAUGUCCGACAGAGAGCAGAGGGGAACGCAGGAGCUCAGCGCUGAAGCUGCCCAAGAAGAAGGCUUGGCGCAGGCACACGGAUGACCCCAGCAAGGAGUGUUUCACCUUGAAGUUUGACCUCAGCAUCGACAUCGAGGCAGAGAUCGUGCCAGCUGUGAAGAAGAAGUCACUGGGGGAAGUGCUGCUGCCAGUCUUCGAGAGGAAGGCGAUCGAGCUCGGCAAAGUGGACAUCUACCUGGACCAGUCCCACACGCCUCUGUCCCUGCAGUUCGAGGCGUAUCGCUUCGGGGGACACUACCUGCGGGUCAAAGCCAAGCCCGGGGAUGAGCUGAAGGUGGAGCAGGCAGUGCGAGAUGCCAGGUCAGCCAGCCUGCCCAUCCUGCACCCUGCCAGCAGUGCUGCAUUCCUUGGGCCAGUGCUGGAGCCGCUGCCAGGACGCCGGGAGGGCAGUGAGAGCCUGGUGGGUCCCAAGUGGCACCGAGGCGAUGGGGCUGGUGGCAGCCGGGGCACCUGGAGAAGUGACAGCACAGCUACGGGACGGCGAAGGAAGAACAUAACAGAGUUCCUGGGGGACACCAGCAUCCCCAGCCCUGAGCCAGCCCUGCACGGCAGCAGCUCUCUGCCCACCAAUGGCACUGACACCUGGAAGAAUCGCGCUGCCAGCCGCUUCAGCGGCUUCUUCGGCUCUGGGACCAAUACGGGCUCCUUCGUGCGGGAGACUGAGAAGCUGGAGCAGCUGGUGAACAGGCUGCACGCCUACAGCACCUUUGGGCUGCCCAAGCUGCCGCCCCAGCUCCGCUUUGACCGUGACUCCUGGGAGGAGGAUGGGGACGAGGCCGGGCUGACACUGGAGGACAGCUGGCAGCAGAUCAUCCAGGGCACAGAGGUCCUGUCGCGCCGGCAGUGCCACCAGCAGGAAGCCAUCUGGGAGCUGCUGCACACAGAGGCCACCUACAUCCGGAACCUCAAAGUCAUCACUGAUCUCUUUCUCUCCUGUCUGGUGAACCUGCAGGAGUCAGGGCUGCUCUCUGAGGUGGAUGCCGAGCGGCUCUUCAGCAACAUUGGGGAGAUCAUCCGGCUGCACUGCAAGCUGUGGCGCAGUGUCAUGGCCUCAGUGCUGGCCAAGGCACGACGGACUGGGGAACUGCUUGACCCCACUGACUUCCUUGAUGCCUUCAAGAUGUUCGGGUCCCUCUUCAAGCCCUAUGUGCGGUAUUGCAUGGAGGAGGAGGGCUGCAUGGAGUACAUGCGGGCACUGCUGCGGGACAGCGAGCUCUUCCGCACCUACGUGACGUGGGCCGAGAAGCAGGAGCAGUGCAGCCGCCUGAAGCUGAGCGACAUGCUGGUGAAACCUCACCAGCGCCUCACCAAAUACCCGCUGCUCCUCAAGUCUAUCUUGAAGAAGACGGAUGAUCCACGUGCCCGUGAAGCCAUCACCACCAUGAUCAGCUCUGUGGAGCGCUUCAUCAACGAUGUCAACUCGCGGAUGCGCCAGCGGCAGGAGCGGCAGCGCCUGGACGCCAUUCUCAGCCGGAUCGAUGCCUACGAGGUGGUGGAGGGCAGCACAGAUGAGGUGGACAAGCUGCUAAAGGAGUUCCUGCGGCUGGACCUGACUGCCCCCAUCCCCGGCACCUCCCCGGAGGACACCCGGCAGCUCCUCCUUGAGGGCAGCCUGAGGAUGCGGGAAGGUAAAGACAGCAAGAUGGAUGUCUACUGCUUCCUCUUCACUGACCUCUUCCUCAUCACCAAGCCCUUCAAGAAGGCUGAGCGCACCAAGGUGAUCCGGCAGCCCUUGCUGGUGGACAGAGUAGUUUGCCGGGAGCUCAGAGACCCAGGCUCCUUCCUCCUCAUCUACCUGAACGAGCUGGGGAGUGCUGUGGCCGCCUACACCUUCCAGACCAGUGGGCAGUUAUGCCGCAGCUGGGUUGAGGCAGUGCGCAAUGCCCAGAACCUGCUGCAGCGGCUGCGGCAGCGCCGGCGCAUGGAGGAGCAGGAGGAGGAGGACGAGGAGGAUGAGGAGGAUGAUGGUGAGAGUGGCACCUCAGCUGCCAGUUCACCUACCAUCCUGCACCACAGCAGUGCCAGCCCGGACUCACAGCAGUGCCCAUCCGAUGGCUCCACUGAGACGCUUGCCAUGGCAGCAACAGACGGUGGCGAUGAGCUCUCCUCCCCGGACUGGGACACAGGACCCUUCAGCUCAACCUCGGAUGGCUCCUCCAUCAGCACCAGCACCUCCAUCGGCACUGGCACCUCUGCUGAGACCCCCACCUCUGCCGAGACCCCCACCCAGGAGCUGCCUGCAGGCGCCCUGCCUGUUCCCCUGCCCCAUGGUGUGGCCUCCCCAGGCAGCGGCUGCCGCUCGUCCUCCAUCGACAGCGCCUAUGGCACGCUCUCACCUGCCUCUCUGCGGGACUUCAGCCAGCAGCCACAGGGGACAGCCGAGGAGGGGCAGGAGCCCUCCCCAGCCCCUCCGGCUCCACGGCCUGCCUCGCCCCGGCUGCGCCGCCGGACGCCCGUGCAGCUCCUGCCUUGCCCGGCCAGGGUGCUUAAGUCCAAGUCAGAGGCCAGCUUGCCCCGACUCCUGUCCCCCACUUCCCCAGGCCCCCUAAGCCAAAGCCGCAGCCUCUCUGACCUCUGUGCUGGUUCCCCCCGGACUGGCCAAGACCCUGCACCUCUGGCUGCCCCCGGCAGCAGUGGCAGCUCCACAUCAGAGCUCUCAGAGCCAGAGGAGCCGGUGGAGAGCCCAGCAUCCGUCCCAGGGGAGCUCAGGCGUGACCUCCAACCUCCUGCCCGCCGAACCCUCUCGGACCCACAGUCGACACAGCACCGCAAGCUGACACUGGCGCAGCUGUACCGCAUCCGGACCACGCUGCUGCUCAACUCCACACUGACUGCCUCGGAGGUCUGAGAACCGCUGGCGUGGAAAAGGACAGGUGCAUGGAUGUACCAAGGAGCUUCUCCUGCUUCUAACCGUAGCGUAAUGCCGGGGCUGGGCAGAGCAGGCACUGGGAUGCCACACUGGUGGGGACAUGGAUGGGGAUGCAGAUCAGUCCCCUUGACGAGGAUGUGUCCUGGGCAUGGCGGUGCAGGGCUGGACGUGGCACGUGGCUUGUGCUGAACCCCCUGUCCACAGACAUGAGAGUUGUCGGGCAGGGGGCCCUGGGGCUGUGGGGGGCUGUGGGAGACUGUGGGUCAGCUCCUGCAGGCGAGGAAGGGAUGAUGAUGUCGGCAGUGGUGAGUGGAGAAGGUGCUGAGAGGGACGUGGUGCUGGUGGCACGGUGCUGUGGACAGUGCAGGGAGGAGGCUGGGGCUGGUGGCAGGAGAGGAUGGCGCAGGGCUGAGGCAGGUUUGCCCUGUGGGGUGGCAGUGGAUGGCAGCACCUGGGCCCGGAGUGUGGGAGCCACGGUGGGACAUGCGCGGAGGCAAAAGCCCCGGCUGCCCCCCCAUGCUAAGCUGCACUCCACGUCCCAGCUGAACAAUAAAACCAGCUGGUGCACGCUCAUGUCUUCCUCGCCUU